CCGCGUCUGCGCAGAUCCCGUGUUUGUGUGAGGUGCAGAAGCGUGGUCACGAGAGCGGGGGACGUUGCCGAGAACUGGAGAGAAUUUAGGCUCUGGAGGACGGCUGAACGGCUUCGGGCCGCUCCCGGUGGACUCCGGAAAUCUGCCCGCCCGCCCCUCGCUGAGCUCAUGGCAAGACCCCGGAAGAGGCAGGCUGGGGCCGCCAGCUCAGAUAAGAAGGAACUUUCAGGAAAACGUUCCAAAACUUCAAACUCAGGCAAGGCAUUGACUAAAGAGGAAAACUGUAGCCCUCAGAAGACUUCAGCCCCUAAAAAUGGUGGGAAGAAUGUAAGCAAGUACUGGCUGAUGAAGUCAGAGCCAGAGAGCCGGCUAGAGAAAGGUGUAGAUGUGAAGUUUGGCAUUGAUGAUCUCAAAGCAGAGCCCAAGCAGACAGCAUGCUGGGAUGGUGUUCGAAACUACCAGGCUCGGAACUUCCUGAGAGCCAUGAAGUUGGAGGAAGAAGCCUUUUUCUACCAUAGCAAUUGCAAAGAGCCAGGCAUUGUGGGACUUAUGAAGAUUGUUAAGGAGGCUUACCCAGAUCACACACAGUUUGACAAAAACAAUCCUCAUUAUGACCCAUCCAGCAAAGAGGACAACCCCAAAUGGUCCAUGGUGGAUGUACAGUUUGUACGGAUGAUGAAGCGUUUCAUCUCCCUGGCUGAGCUCAAAACCUACCACCAGACUCAUAAAACAACUGGUGGCCCCUUAAAAAAUAUGGCGCUCUUCACUAGGCAGAGACUUUCAAUUCAGCCGCUGACCCAAGCUGCCUGAUGCAGUAUCGCACCAAAGAUCUACUGGAGCCUGGUAUUCACUUUCUUGUUCAGGAAGAAACCUAUUUCUUCUUUUUAUCCCUUUUUGUUUCUGGUAGAAGAGUUUGAUUUUAUUUUGAGCCUGGAGAAAAAGGAACCAAGUUAACUGAGGUAUUGCUGUUGGAAUGGACACCAAAAAGAGAAAGAAAGAAGGAAGGAAAGAAGGGGAAAGAAAAGCUUUUAGAAAAAGUUUGCCUAUUGCAUUCACCUGGGAUCAUGUACAAAUGUGUUUAUUUACUUUUUUUUUCAAUAAAGUGUUUGAUACCAAA